AUGCCUCGCCGUCGUCCAUCCAGUAAGAGCAAUUCCCACUCUAAACCACGGCCAGUGGAUCGCAAAGAUAGCAAAAUUAAACGGUGGAAUAAAGCUUCUGAUAUUGAACUAGACGAAGAGGACCAAUUCCAUGUAUCCAGGGAUAAGAUCCUAUUGAAUGAGGACGGAGAUGGUCAGGAUGACGAUGGGGAUGAAGACGAAGUUUUUGCUCUGGAAGGCGUGUCAGACGAGGAGGCAGAAGAAGACGAGGACGAGGACGGAGUUGCGUAUGCUGAAGAUGAAGACGUCCAUGAAGACCAAGUCGUCAACAAGAGAAAAACCAAAACCAAAUUGAAGAAGGCAUCAUCUCCUUCAGAUACGGGAUCGGAGGAUGAAUCCUGGGGUCGAAGCAAGUCAGCGUAUUACUCGUCCAAUGCCGCCCAGAUCGACUCGGAAGACGAGGAAGCGAAUGAACUGGAGGAACAGGAAGCCCGCAGACUGCAGGUGAAGGCGCGGGAUGCUAUUCAUGAGGAUGAUUUUGGAUUGGGCGAAGGUCUCGAAGCAGAACCCGCUGCUGAGGUCGAAGAUUCAUUAGAGGAACAAUCGCAGCCUAUACUUAACGUGGCCUUGAGUGACAAGAAGGCCGUCUUGCAGCACCUGGAACGAGAAAAUCCUGAAGCUCUUGCUUUAGCCCGUGACUGGGAUGAUACAGCCCGUAGUCUCAUCGAAAUGCAAGCAAAAAUUGCUGCCACAUCGGAGAAAGAAACCGACGGAAUUGAACUCGGACUUCUGCACGCGUACUAUCAGGCUCUCCUAACCUAUGCUACCACACUCGCGUAUUACCUUCACCUACGCGCCUCGGAGAAAUAUGCAGCUCGACCUCUACUCCUGAGACAGCACCCAGUCUUGAAUCGUCUGCUCACUCUUAAGCAAUCACUCGUUAUGCUAGAGAACUUGGGCGUCGGCACUGACUCGCAGGACGAAGGUGACGAAGAUGACGAAGACGAAGACGGCGAAGAUGGCGAACUAGUAUCUGACGCGACUGACUUGUGGAGCCUCCUGAUGAAGAAGGGUCUCGAAUCCGACGAGCUUACAGAACUGUUGAUGGACGCCGAUGAUAAACCGAGAGCGCCCAAGAAAAACAAACCAAUCUUUGACCUCGUCGAGCCAGACUUCGAGGCUGCCUCAACUUCCGCAAAGAAGAGGCAUUUGGUUCCCAUUGACGCCAGUAGCACAGACGCAUUCGGCGAAGCCACGUUCCUACAGCACGCUGACGCUACCGACAAACAGGCACGCAAGAAGAGCCUGCGCUUCCACGUGUCACGCAUUGAAAGCGCUAGUGCGCGGCGCCAGAACGCUCGUGUCAAUGCAGUGGGCGGGGAUGACGACAUCCCUUACCGCGAACGAAGGAAACAAAAGGAACAGAGAAUGGAGAAAGAGCGGGAGCGAAAAGCUGGAACGCUUGGGAUGGGCGGAGAUGAUCUAGAUGAUAUGGAUACCGAAAUUACUGACGCAAUCAGCCGCAGCAAAAAGAGACGGAGAGACGUAGAUGUCGAGGGCGAUGAUGAUAGUGACAUGGCGGAAGCACACGGCUAUUACGAGCUCGUCAAACGGCAAGCCGCGGAGAAGAAGAGCAAGAAAAAGACAGACUAUGAGGAGGUUCGGGCGGCCGAGCGACUCGUCUUUAAUGAAGACGAGGCAUCUGGCCCGCGCUCGGUCACGCGGGCUAUCAUGAAAAACAAGGGUUUAACGCCGCACAGGUCAAAGAGUGUCCGCAAUCCCCGUGUCAAAAAGCGUCAGAAAUACGAGCAAGCCAAGAAGAGAGUGUCAUCGCAGCGUGCAGUUUACAAAGGUGGUAUUGGCGAUGCCUCGAAAUACACAGGCGAGCAGUCUGGUAUAUCCAAAGUUAUCAAGAGUGUUCGCCUGUGA